AUGGAAGAUAACAAUCCAGACGGAGGUCAGCUGAUCGACCAGUUUGCCUUGGAAGACAGACUCAGUAAGAUCCGGUCUCAAAUCAAUUCCAAGUUGGAAAACCAAAAACAUCAUGCGGUGAUCUUAGCAGCUGUGGAAGAGAACAUUGAUGAACAAAAGAAUGAAAAGACUGCAGUGGCAUAUUUUGUGUCCUUCUUAUCGCUUUUGGAACAAGCCAUUAGUGGUGAUGAUAUUGUUGAUAAGGAUUUGGCCGUGACUGCUGCUUAUUUCUUGGAUAUUGUUUUGCCCUUCACUCCUAGACCAUUAUUAAAGUCGAAGUUCGGGGAUAUUUUAACCAAAUUGGCCCCAGCUUUAACACAUCCAGAUUCAGAUGCUCCUUUGAUUAGAUCGACUAUUGGCGCCUUGGAAUCAUUAUUAUUGUCUCAAGAUUAUCAACAAUGGGCUUCCAAUGGGAAUGUGGCCCCCAAACGAGCCUUUGUAGGUUUACUUGAAUUAAGUUUCGAUGGACGUCCUAAAGUAAGAAGAAGAGCUCAAGAAGCCGUCCACAAUGUUUUGACAAACCCACCUACUUCUCCCUCUCCUCUUCAUGUGGCUGCUCCAUUGGCUGCUGACAUAACCUUGAAUAAAUUGCUUGUGUUGGUAGAUGAAAGCAAAAAGAAUAAGAAGAAGGUUCUGAAAGACCUUAACACACAAAUCAUCCAUUGUCUACAAUUAAUAGCAUCCAUUACUACUGCUAAUACCUGGCCUCCAGCUCAAAUAGAAGCAUUAUGUGACAUUUUGUUGGAAGUCUCUAGAACUUCAGAUCAAUAUUUACUCACUUCAGCCUUCUCUGCAUUCGAAGGCUUGUUUUCCUCAAUGUCUAAUUCUAUCGAUGUUGAUAAGUUCGUCAAAGUCUUGGAUAUUAUAUUUGAUUUGAAACCUUCAAUUAACGAUACUCAUUUGGCUGGUGCUUGGCUUGCAGUCAUUGCUAAAGCUUUAGAAAGCUUUGCUUCAUUGGCUCCAGAAUUAUGCCUACAGAAGUUUAAGACUUUUGUCCCGGUGAUUUCAAGCUUUUUAGGCUCAGAGAAUAAAGGUAUUUAUUUGUCAGCCUCUCAAUGUUUAAUUGCUAUCAUCACUCAUACUGUCCCUGAUAAGUUUCUCUUACAGCCAACUGCUGAAAAUGGUGUGACUGCAGAAAUAUAUGAACUUGUUGAUGAUACCAUUGAAUAUUUGGGAGAGUUCUCCAAGAAAGAAUUACUCAGCAUCAAGUAUCAACGUGCCACAAAGGAAAUAUUAGAGUUUUUAACAGCUGCGGUUUAUAAGUUUCGUUCAAGAGGGAAUCCAGACUUGUUGGAAAUUUUGGAGAUUGUUGGUCAAUGGCGUACCACAGAAGCUGAAUCGUUUCCUCAUAAUAAGGAAGCCGAAGAUUUAAUUGCUGCAUUUAUUUCAUCUGUGGGUCCUGAAGCAGUCUUGAGUGUUUUGCCUUUAAAUUUGACCACUGAAUCUGAUGGGAGAGCUUGGUUGUUGCCAUUAUUAAGAGACAACGUUAGAUUUGCUGAAUUGAAUUAUUACAAGACUCAAAUCGUCCCCUUGGUUGAUUUUUUUAAGGGUAAGAUUGAAUCUUCUCAACAUAAGGAAUCAAUGCUUAACAAGAUCUUUCAAACCAUUAUCGAUCAAAUUUGGUCUUUACUCCCACACUUUUGUGACUUACCUAAAGAUUUAAGAAGUGCUUUUGAUAAUGAAUACGCAACUUUCCUUGCUGGCACCAUGUACUCUCAAGUUGACUUGAGAGUUCCUAUUUGUCAUGGUUUAAGAUUGUUGGCCGAAUCCAACAUUGCAUAUAGCGAAGGUGCUAUGGCUGAUGACAUGUUGAUGCAACAAGAAUUAUCAAUUGAAGACUCAAAGUUAAACGUCCAAUACUUAUCAGGAGUGGCUUCUAAUUUGUUGUCUGUUUUAUUCAAUGUGUUUUCAUCAACAAUUCCUGAAGCUAGAAAUUAUAUUUUAGAAACUAUUGAUGUUUACUUACAAAUCAUCCCCAAAGAUGAUUUAACAAAUACUUUCAAUAAGGUUUGUGGAUUGUUUAAGAAUGCCCUUGAUGAAGAAGCUCAAGCUCCUCAAAAUAAGUCUAAAGCCCAACAACGUGACAUUCCCAAAUUAAGUAUAACUAUGAUGGAUUUGAUUGUUGCCAUGGCCAAAUAUGUUCCAUCAUCUUCACAUAAUGCCUUAUUUGCUAUUUUUGCACAAACAGUUAACACUGGUGAUGUCUUGUUGCAAAAGAGAGCCUAUAGAAUUAUCACUAGAUUGGGUGAUACCGAAGAAGGUAAGGCUAAAAUUGGUUCAUUCAUUGGGGAAAUUACCAAGGUCUUACUUGAAACAACCGAAGUAACUCAACCAUCUGCUAGAGCUGUUAGAUUAUCAGCUAUUAACUUGGUCUUAGAAAUCUUACCUGCAACUGAUUUAUAUUUCAUUCCAGCCAUUGUUCAAGAAAUCAUAAUGUCCACUAAGGAUGUUAAUGAGAAAUCAAGAGAAUUAGCUUAUCAAAUCUUAAUCACCAUGGGUCAAAAGAUGAAUGAAGGUGGUGAAAUUGAUUCUUCAAAGAUUCCAGGGUUUGGAGGAGAAUCAACGGUUUCACCGGCUUCUUUGAAUGAAUAUUUCACUAUGGUUAGUGCUGGUCUUGCAGCUCAAACUCCGUAUAUGAUUUCUGCUACUAUCACUGCCCUUUCAUGUUUGAUUUUUGAGUUCAAAAAUGAAUUGUCUCAAGAAGUAUUGGUUGAUAUAUCUUCCACGGUUGAGUUGUUUUUAACACAUGGUUCUAGAGAAAUUGCAAAGGCAGCUAUUGGGUUUGUUAAGGUUGAAGUGUUGUCUUUGCCUGAAGAUUUGGUUAGAGCCAAUUUGAAAGAACUCUUGGAAAAGUUGAUGAAAUGGUCUCAUGAACAUAAAGGACAUUUCAAAUCCAAAGUUAAGCAUAUUUUGGAAAGGCUUGUUAGAAAAUAUGGUAUUGAAGAAGUCGAACAAGCAAUUCCUGAAGAUGAUAAGAAAUUAAUUGCCAAUAUUAGAAAGUCAAGAAAUAAAGCUAAAAAGAAGCAAGAAGAAGGAGCAUUGGCAGAUGCUAGUGCGCAAGCUCAACCUGCUCCUGGUGAUAAGAAGUUUAUGUCGGCCCUUGAGGAAGCUUUAUAUGAUUCUGAAGAAUCUGAUGAUGAUAAUGAUGAAGAUGACUCUAAACCACAAGGAAAGAGAGUUAAACAACAAAAUAAACAAUUCAUCAUGGAGUCAGGUGAUUCUCCAUUAAACUUACUUGAUAGACAAGCUUUGGCUCAAAUCACUUCGUCUAGACCCAAGCAAAACAAGUAUAACGUCAAAGAGAAAGUUACUGAAUUCAAAACAAAUAAUAAAGGUAAGAUUGUCUUUUCAGAAAAUAAUGAGGAUCCUUUGGCUGAAAAGGGUUCGGGUAUUGAUGCAUAUUUGGAUGCGGUUAAGCAACAACCUGUUCGUGGUCAAAGAAAUAAGUUGAAGUUCAAGAGAGGUAAGAAGGCAGAAGAUGAAGAGGCUUGGUCAGAUGAUGAUCAACCCAAACAAACCCUUAAAUUUAAGUCCAAGGUUGCAUCAAACUCCAGAAUCUCAAAGCACCUGCUGAAGAAUAAUAAUAAAUUCAAGGCUAGAAAGAAGCUUUAA